AUGUACGGGGACGGGAAUACGACCGACGUUCUUCAGGAGCAAGGAACAGUAGCCACGGAAACGGGUGAUGAGACACGAGGUCCCCACGCCCUACUCCUACCCCUGCUCCUAGUGGCCCUCAUCAUCACGACCAAUGGCCUCAGCCUGGCAGCAUUCGCCGUCGAGAAACGCCUCCGCGGCCACAACAACUACUUCAUCAUAAACCUUGCUAUCUCGGAUUUUCUCUUCGGGAUCGUCCUGAUUAUCCCCUGCAUACACACUUAUCUUGGUCAUUUUCCACUCCCCGGUGAUGACUGGUGCAGAGUUUUUAACGGCGUCAGCAGAAGUGUCGAAUUCGUAUCUAAUCUGAUCAUCGUCACCAUCUGCAUCGAUAGACACCGAGCGACCUACAAUCCCAUCGGGCAUUUCACCACUAGGAGCAAACGAAAGGCGAUCUACGCUAACAUCGCCGUGUGGGUUGCUUCGCUUCUUUUCUGGUUCUCGUUCUCGACAAUUCCUGAGUUCAUUCUUGGGUACACCGGCAGUUCAAGUUGUUUACCAUGGUAUGCGAAAAACCCAACCAUUAAUUUUGUGACCAUCUGCAUCCGGUUCAUCGUGCCUUUCACCAUCAUCCUAGUCCUCUACAUACGGAUCUUCGUCAAGAUUCAGCAGACGACGGGUCGGAAGCACAUCCGCAAGGAGUUCGUUGCCAGCAUUAGCCAGUCAGGACAGGGGGAAUCGGAGCAGGAAGGCGAGGAGGAUGGAAAUGACAUGGAACAGCGCCCUCAAGUUACCAAGGAGAAGGGAGGUCAGAAAGUUGCCAAGCGAGAAUCGGCCUCUGAAGUUCGCAGCGCCACCAAAACGCUUCUCUUCGUCGCCAUAGCUUUAUUCAUCACGUGGUCACCAAUGUGCAUCGUCACGAUAGCCUACUCGAUCGACCCGGCUUUCGUCAAUCCGCGGCUCCUGGGCUGGUUAUACCUGGUACCGUUGUGGCUGGUCUACGUGAAUAGUCUACUCAAUCCGCUUUGCUACGUUGUCUCGCAGCCGCUCUUUCGAAAAACCGUAUUUGGUUUGAUUUCCAACCCUAUCCGGUAUUGUCGUGGUUAACGUAAUCGUGGAUAAAUAUUUGAUUGAUUGAUUGAUUUUAUUUGGCAAGUCACCACAACAUAUAUGCAACAUGCUUGCACCGGAUGACCCACGAAAGCUCGAAAACUUAUUUCCAGUGGGGUCAUCUCGAGUGAAAGAUAUUCUUUCAAUUUCCUCUUAAAAUGGAAAAAAGUAUCCUAUUCCCUAUAAGUCAUUGGGAAGAGA